AUGGCCGACACGUUUGCAACCAACUCUGAAAUCACACCCGAAAAGCUCACUAUUAUGAAGCUCAAGGCUAGUGGACUCCGAGAUGUCUUCUCUGAGCCCUCGUCACCCACAGGCAACCGAUCUUUCUCAUUCGGAAGUCAUGCCAACGGUGCUGGCCACAGCUCAUCAAUGACUCGUCGUUCAACUCGCCAGACAAGUGCAUCUUCACGCCGAGCAAGCAGCUUCCUCCAGUCACAUCGGAGCAAGAUGUCUACAGAGCUCACAUCACAAGCCGAAGGCAAGUUCUUCGCUUUGAUGGAUCUAAUGUCUACUGCCUCUCGAGAGGCUUCUUCGCUGAAAGAGUCAUGGUCUCGUAUCAUGGCUGAGCGAGACAGUCUUGUUCGCGAGCGGGACGAACUUCUCAUCACCGUUGAGGAAGUGACUGAGGAAAUCCAGCGUAAGGAAGCUGAGCACUCACAUCACGGCCACGAGCACGGCGAACGGAAGAGGCAGGUGGAGAAACUCAUUCUUGAGCUUACAGCUGCACUUACUCAAGUGACCGAUCACAAGAAGAAGCUCGCUGAUCGCGACCGCGACCUGGAGAGCACUCGUCAUGAGCUACAUGAGCUUCAAAGCUCGGUCACACUUACUCAUGGUGACCACGAAAGAACCCGGGCUGAGCUGGAAGCUGCGUAUUCCAGGCUGAAGAUCUGUGAAGACGAGCGCGACUCCGCUCGGUUCGACUCGGAUAAGCACCACAAUGAGCUCAGGACGCUUCUCCGUGAGCACACUGAACUCAAGAGCAAGUACAACGAGACUACUUCCAAGUUUGAGUCCACUCGCAAGGAGGUGCUGACUCUCACCGACCGCAUUAAGAUGUUCGAGCUCGAGAGGGAUGAGCAUCUCCAUGAGAAAGAUCGUCUUCAUGAGGAGCUGAAGCGCGCCAAGUCUAGGGCCGACGAGACUACUCGCGAGUACACUGACCUGACUGAGCGACACGACCGCGUACAGCGCGAGCUUCACAAGCUGAAGGAGACCGUCCGCGUUAUCGAGACGGAGCGUGAUGAUCAUGCCCUGACCAUUGACGGCCUCCGACGCGAGGUAAAGGCGAAGAUUCUCGGCUGGGAAGAGUCUGAUGCCCGCGCCAACGAGUUCUCGCUCAAGUACGAGCACAUCAAACGCGAGGUCGUCUCGGUCAAGGAGAAGUUGAGGGACAUUGAACUCGAGCGCACAGAGCUUCGAGACGCCAUUGACCGGUCUCGCGAGGACCACCGUCUCGUCGUCGUUGAGCGCGAUCAGCUCAAGCAAGACCUACACGACGAGCACCGCAAGGUUGAAGAUGGCCACCGCCGCAUCAACAUCUUGGAGGAGUCCCUCCGCCGCGCUGAGCUUACCAUCACGGAAAUCAAGUCCGAGAUCCACACUCUCACCGAACGUAACAAGGUUCUUUACCGCGAGGGUGAAGACUCACGCGGCAAGCACGGUCAUCUCACCAGUGAGAUCACUAGUCUUCAGGAACAGCUAGUCAUCUUCCAAACUGAGAUCACCAACCUAAAGUAUGCCCGUGACCGCGCACACUCUGACCUCAAUGCCUGGAAGCACAAGUACGAAGAGAUCACCGAGACCAUCUCUACCUACGACGACUCUUCUGCUGAAUUCGAGUUUGAGAUUACGUCCCUCCGUACUCUGCUCAACGAAGCCCGCGAACAAAAGGAACGAGCCAUCUCAGCUCGUCACGCCGCCGACCGCGAACGCGACGAGUACAUGGCCAAGUACGAAGAGAAGUGCCGCGAGAUGGAGCGCUUCGAGGAGUCAGCCAGCAGCGUCUACCACGCAAGCAGCGCUGGAGCUCGUGGCGGCGCUAAAAGCAGCAUUUCCAGGGUAGUGUCGAGUGGAACUACGAUUCACAACCAUGGUGCUUCUGGUGGACACAGCCAUGGUCACGGACAUGGACAUGAGCAUGCUGAGGGGAAUUCUAUCUUCUCCCAUUAA